AUGAGGAUCCAGGUUGUCUGUUUGUUGCUGGUGCUGCUCACUGCCACUGUGCUCACUCGGGAUACAAAAAUCAACCAGCGUUACAAGAAGUUCAUAAACCAGCACAUCAAUGAGAAUAUGGAUGCAAGAAGCUGUGAUGAAGAGAUGAAAGCAAGAAAAAUCAACAUCAAGAAAAGCAUGUGUAAGAAGAUCAAUACAUUCAUCCUAGCGAGCGCCGAAGAUGUGAAAUAUGUCUGUAAAAAAGGAGAGAAAGUUGGUAAAAUGACCAAAAGCAAUAGAGGCUUUGACAUUGUUGUCUGCAACCUUAAAAAACAGCAGGGCAAGCGUGCCAAGUGUCAGUACCAUGGUGAGAAACUCAACAAUAAAAAAAUUCUGAUCAAAUGUGAAAAAGGAUUUCCUGUGCACUAUGAUGGAGACAUUGGUUACUGUGACAACUGA